GAAGUCACUGAUAUUUUUGACUUGAUUCUGCAGACAAUGAAAAUGAAACUUUUCAAUGCGUUUCAUCCGGCAUUGGAGACUAUGAGAAAAUGCAACAUCUGAGCUGUGAUUGAUGUGAAGCUCUCCGUAAAUAUGCAAGCCAGUAAUGAGGCCCGCAAGGGCUCAAGGUAUCAUCGCCUGGAUGACAUUCCUACAAAUACAUUUACACCUCGCACAUACCAGAUCCAGCUGUUGGACUCGGCACUGAGAAGGAACACAAUUCUUUGUCUUGGCUGUGCGAGCAGCAAAGCUUUCCUUGCACUGAUGGUAGCGAAGGAACUUGCAUCAUUCACCAGGAUACCAUUGACUAGUGGGGGAAAAAGGACCAUUUAUCUGACAGAUUCAGAGGAUGAGGUGAUUAACUUGUGCCAGACUCUCCCUAAUCACACUGAUCUGGUUGUUGGUCAGAGUCCUCGCUGUGAUGUUGACUUGAGUGAGAGCAACAACCAGACUUGUCAAGCAGCUGCUGAUCUGUGGAGAGAAGCCAUGGAGAUCAACAGCAUCUUGGUUUGUCAUGGUCCUGUCUUCAGAGACGCCCUCAGACACGCAUUCGUGAAACCGACAGAUGUCCAUCUGCUUAUUUUUGAUGACUGCCACAGAUCCGUGGAGGUGGACAACCAUUGCUAUGCUGACAUUGUUUCUGAGGUCAAGAUUUUGCCAGAUGAAGUACAGCCGCAUAUACUUGGUCUGACUGCUUCUAUAGCUGGCACUGAGUGCAGCAACCCAGGGAAGUUGAAGGAGACAGUGCACCGUAUGGAGAAUACUAUGAAUGCUUAUGCCGAAACCUCAAUGUUAAUUUUGUCUGAGCGAUAUGGCUGCAGGCCAAAAGAGUCUAUCGUUAAAUGCAAGGGGGAAGAUGAUGAAAGUCAAGUGUUACUGCAAGAACUCCUUGAAGAUAUUCUUGAGGAACACUAUAUCUUUUUCACAAAUUGCCGCAUUGCAGUUGAUGAACAGACUGAUCAUAGGAAUCCUACUGAAAUUCCAAUUCAAGUAUUAUCAGAAUGUUUGAAUAUUUUGAAUAUCUUAGGCUCUUGGUGCACAUCAUCUAUAGCAGAGUACUUUGUUAUGCAGCUAGAUAAGAUUAUUAAGUGUGAGAAGAAUGACAUUCACAAAAAAUUUCUGAGGUGUGUGACGACAACUCUUCGCUUGCUUACCCGCAAAUUUGAAAUGAACUUUCAUCCAGACUAUGAUGUGGACGAAUUGUUGGAAUACACAACUCCUAAAGUGCAGGAGCUCGUGAAGGUUUUACGACACUACAAACCGGAAGUAGAUUUUAUCAUAAUUAGCAAUGAUGAAGAAUCUGAAAAUGGUGAUGACUUUUCUGAUAUGUCGGACGAUGAUGAUGCUGAUUCCAACUUGUCUGGUUCAGAAGAUGCUGAUGAGAAUUCAGAAUCACAAAACAAAUCGAGUCUUUCUUCCAAACCCAUGCAUAUAGCUGUGAAACGCACUGCUGAUGGAGGGCAUGAGAGGAUUGUAACUUAUUCUGAAGAGGAAGAAAAAAAUCUGUGUGGGAUUGUCUUUGUAGAGAAUCGUUUCAUUGCGUUUGGGCUGAACAAAGUCAUAGAGGAGGUGUGCUCAUGGGAUGAAAAUCUCUGUUUUGUCAAGAGUUGCCACAUUACAGGACAGGGACUGAGAAAUGGAAGCGGCAAGAUGAAAGGGAACAAGUCGUACAAGCGUCAAGAAGAGGCCCUGAGGAAGUUUCGUACCCAGGAGUGCAAUCUUGUUAUAGCUACUCAAGAGUUGGAGGAAGGCAUUGAUAUUCCCAAGUGCAAUCUGGUAGUGCGCUUUGAUCCUCCUUGUGAUUACAAGUCAUAUGCCUUAUCGAAAGGCAGAGCAAGAGCAAGGGAUGCAAUGUAUGUCAUUCUGUUGAAUCAAGAAAAUUUUGAGACUUUCAAUGCAAAUGUGGGAAUCUUUAAAGAGAUUGAACAGGUUCUGCUCGGAGAUAAAAGAGUGAGUGGGACUAAGAAAAGCAUGCCUGAGCUGGUGUACAGGGAGGAUUAUGGUCACGAUGGGGACACAGACGAUGAGGAGGAUGAUGUCAUUGAGGAUGAAGACCUCCUCUUGCCUUAUCGCACUCUGCCAGGGUUGCAGAAUUCUCCUCAAGUGACCUUGCAAGGGGCCAUUGCUCUCAUCAAUAGAUACUGUGCCAAGUUGCCUAGUGAUGCCUUCACCCACCUUACGCCCCAGUGUCGAGUUGAGAAGCAGGCGGGGGAUACACCAGUGUUUGUCGCCUUCUUGCGUCUGCCAAUCAAUUCUCUGGUGAAAGAAGAACUGAAGGGACCGCCAAUGAAGUCCAAAAAGCUGGCAAAAAUGGCAGUGGCUUUGAAAAUGUGUGAAAUUCUGCAUGGAAAAGGAGAACUGGAUGAAAACUUGGUGCCUGUUGGUAAGGAAAUGUUCUCAUAUGAAGAGGAAGAAGAAUGGGUGGAAGAAGAGGAUCCUGCAGGCCAGGCCCGACCAGGAACCACCAAGAGAAAACAGUAUUACGUGAAAAAGGUGGCUGAUGCUCUUGCUCAGUGCCGUCCAGUGGAGGGGGAGCCUUGCUAUCUGUACCUGCUAAAUCUGAGACUGACUGGACCGAUCACAGAUGAGCAGAACACAAGGGGACGUGUGAUUUAUGCCCCUGAAGACACUACGCAGACACUAGGCCUGCUGUUGUCCAAAAAAAUACCUCAGAUGCCGUCAUUUCCUGUGUACACAAGAUCUGGUGAAGUGACCUCCUCUGUAGAUAUGCUGACCUCUGACCUCAUCCUGUCGGAAGAGGAAAUAUCCCAGUUGCUCAAAUUUCACCAUUUUGUCUUUUCUGAUGUACUUCAUCUCAUCAAGGACCCCAUGGAGUUUGACCCUUUGAAAGCUGAUUUUGGCUGCAUCAUCGUGCCUCUAAAUGGGAGUCAAGAUCUCACAAUCGAGUGGAGUUUUGUGGAAAAGGUGAUCCAUUUCAUGCAGAUGGAGAAAAAAGGAAGUUUCAACAAGCAGAAGAAGAAAGAAUCAUUUACUUUUGAUGUUGAGGACUUCAAGGAUGCUGUUGUCAUGCCUUCAUAUCGCAACAUUGACCAGCCUCAACACUUUUAUGUUGCUGAAAUUCGACAGGAUUUGAACCCACUCAGCUCUUUUCCAUCUCCGGAACUGUACAAAACAUUCCAGGACUACUACAGCACCAAGUAUGGCCUAGUGAUCACCAACACUGAGCAGCCCCUACUGGACGUGGACCAUACUUCUGCCAGGCUUAACCUCCUAACCCCAAGAUAUAUGAACCAGAAAGGUGUUGCGCUGCCCACCAGUAGUGCAGAGACAAAACGGGCCAGAAGGGAAAACCUGCAGCAGAAGCAGAUCCUGGUGCCGGAGUUGUGUGAUGUCCAUGUUUUCCCGGCCUCUCUAUGGCGGAAGACAGUGUGCCUGCCUGCCAUCUUGUACAGGACAAACUCUCUCCUGUUGGCGGAGGAGCUGCGCAGAAAAAUUGCCAGGGAGACCGGAGUAGGGGUGGAGAAUCUGCCACUGGGAUUCCAGUUCCCUCAACUUGAUUUUGGCUUUGAGACAAAUCCUGAAAAAUUGAAAGGGCCAGACAGUAAUGACGGUGAAAAGAAUGAUGAAAGCUGCGUAGACCAGAAAGUUUCUGUUGAUGGUGACUCGAAAGAAGCGGGUGAUGACACUUAUGUUGAAACACCACCAGAUGAUGCCGCAGAAGUCACUUCUGGCAGUGAGAAUGAAGAUGUAAAAGGAGCAGUGGAAUCGGGUCACGAUGAAAGUGAUUUGGGACGAGAUGUAAAAAACGUCAAAGAGAAAGUUGAUUCCUCUGCUUCUUCUGACAGCGACUCGGGAAUAGUGUCUUCGGGAUCCGACUCGAACAUAGUGAGUCUUGAUCAUGGGUCCCAAACGCUGGAGAGUGAAGCCAACCACAAGUCACUGAACAUGAUUAACAAAGAGAAAAGUUCAUUGUGUGUUGAAACUGCUGAGAAAAAACUUUCUGAUAUUUCGUGCAAUGAAAUAAAAAAUGUAAAAAGAGAGGAGAUUGUGAACCAAGAUGUGAAAAGCAAUUGUAUUCCAGUGGCAUCGCGAUACAUCAACUCAGCUCAAUGCAAUAUUUAUAGCCCCGAAGGAAAGCAGCCUACUGUUUGUUGCUCAUCUGUGGAUGUGAAGACAGAAGGCAGCACAAACAGCUGCAACAACUUUGAUUCUACCUCGUCUGUGAUAAAUGAAUAUACCACAUUGUCAACCUUGCCACACUCUCAGUCCAAUCAUCAAAAUUCCACCUCAAGCAGCAAAUGCCAUAGUUCCAUUGAAUGUCCCCCUGACCUAGGGGAGCUGCCAGGUCAUAUUGCAAGCAAUGAGCCAUGUUUUAUCUCUCAAAAUGUGCCCGGUUCAAUUGGUGCUAUAAUUGAUGCAACAAAUACAUCAUUGCCUUGUUCAUCACCUUCAUUGUCAUCAGUCAGUUUACCUGUAACAUCAUCUAACUUGCUAUCAAAAACCUCUCAAAACAGCACAAAUGAUUCUACCACAGUGGUGAAGAUGGUUUCACCUGUACCUGUGGAUGAGGAUAGAGAGAGUUCACAUGUUGCUCUUUCACUUCCCGCUGAGAUAGCUGAAGGUGGGGAUCCUGAUCUGCCCAACUGUAAUCAUCAGUCUGAUCAUAAAGUUCAUCUCCGUAAUCACAAAGUGCAAGCGGGACAGAGCUCAAAAGAACAUGUUAACACAGAGGGGAAACCCCUCGCAGCCGUGCCCUGCCCCAGCUCUUCUCAGGCCCUUCUUGGUUGUGAAACAUCCGACUGUGUGGUCAGUGCGCUCCCGAGCACCAGUCUGGUUGCUGCUGAUGCACAGUCUGCCUUAGCCUCGGCUGAUCAUGGGGAGCUGUGCCCGCCAGGCAUUAACCGCUGUGAUAUGGUCCAUGCAAGCAGCCCACACCACAGCUGUCUUCUACAUUCUGAUGAUAAAGACCACCCAUCUCAACCUCACCAUGCUGGCCUUUUGUCUGAGGAAGUCACCGAUUGUCAUGUUUUGUUGGGAGAAAAGAAUGCUGAAAAUAAUCACCCUUCUCAGGCUGAUGCUAGUAUUACUACUGUCCCAAGCUCGACUCAGGACCAUAUCCCAGCUGCCAAAAUUGAGCGCAAAGCCCAAGGUACUAGUCAAGAUGGGGCCGGUGUUCUUGCUGGAGAUGGGAAUCUGAAAAGUACUGGCGUCCCUCUCAGUCCACGGGUGCAUGAAGCUGACCCUGCAAUAGUAAUGAAUACUCUUGGCCAGGAACUGAGUGACCUUGACAUUGAUCUCGUCUGCCCUCAGGCAAGCACUUCAGAAACAUUCCAGGAGCAGCCAUGUGGCUGGGCUAGUGCAGAGUGGAAAGAGCCUCCGUCUAAACAAGGAUGUCAUCAAGGCUCACAGCCAGACGCCAAAGCACGGCAGACUCAGAAAAACUUGGAAGAAGAUGAAAAGUACAGCAGAAAGAAUGAAAAGGAUUUUUCCUCUGUAGAUCCAGCUACUCAGUCUGAUGACGUGUUAGGCUCCCAAGCCAAUGAUUCAGAUGUCAUAAAAUUUUCAUUUGAUGCCAAGGCUCCUUCAAGCAAAGACACUGAUUAUAAGAUGUUCUCUCCACAUUCCCAUCAAGGGUCCAAUGACAAAGGCAACAGUCAUAGCUCAGAAUCGUCUCCACCAAACACAAAAACCCUUGAUGAAACUAACAAGGGGACAAACUGCAGUGCUUUUAAACUAACUGCUAGCAAAGUAGGAGCAGGGACCAAUGGGGUGAAAGAAUUUCACAUUGGAGUUUGGAAUUCCAACAAAAACUCUAAAGUGUUGGCCUCAAAGGACAAGCAUAAUGAGGCUCAGCCUCUGCGUGAGGAUUGCUUACUUCCUCCGAGAAAACCAAGCGUUUGGAUACCGGUGGCAAACUACUGUGCUAAUGGUUUGCUGUCUGUAAGUCUGGAUGCUGAUCGUGAUCUGAAGACAUUUGUGGGCCCCAGCCCAUGCCUCAUCUUGCAGGCACUGACCAUGUCCAAUGCCAAUGAUUUCUUCAGUCUGGAGAGGCUGGAAACUAUUGGAGACUCCUUCCUCAAGUACGCGAUCACUGUCUACCUCUACUGCUCUUAUCCUGGCAUUCACGAGGGCACGCUCAGCUAUCUCAGGAGUAAACAAGUAUGUAACUACAAUUUGUACCGGCUGGGCAGGAAGAAACAUGUGGCUGAGGGCAUGGUGUCCACAAAGUUUGAGCCCUAUGAGAACUGGCUUCCGCCAGCUUUUGUCAUCAAUGAGGACAGAAGGAGGGGACCAGUGCCAAAGGUGGUCAUCGUUACUCCGGGCUUGAAGCAAAAUAAUAGUGUGCGAAACUGCUGCGUGGAUGAAGCAUCUUGUGCAGGUGGUAAGGUAUCAGGCUCGGCCCGGCCGGACGAGACAGCUCAGUUUGAGAAGGAGCUGCAGUGGAUAGAACAGAGCCAGGAGGCAGAGCAGCGUGAGGACCUAGAGGGGGCUGGGCCGGCCGUGCUCACCCCGUACAGCCUGCAGCGUCACCACGGGCUGCCGGACAAGAGUGUGGCCGAUUGUGUGGAGGCACUCAUUGGCUGCUAUCUCACCACUUGUGGCAGGAAGGCUGCCCUCAUGUUUAUGUCUUGGCUGGGCUUGAAGGUUCUUCCCAAAAAGAAGAGAGGCAGCAGUGAGAAGGGAGACGCCGAUCUCAAGAAGUCUGGAGAAGGGAGACAAGGGAAGACCUCCUGGCAGCAGAUUUCUGAACAAGAGUUUGAUGAACUGCGUUGCCCACCAUCGCCAAUGUUUUCCCGCAGCCCCGAGAACAUGGUUCAGCUCAAUCAUCUACUGGAAGGUUUUGAAGAGCUGGAGGAAAAGAUCUGUUACAAGUUCCAAGACCGCUCCUAUCUAUUGCAGGCCUUCACCCACGCUUCGUACCACUAUAAUACCAUCACAGACUGCUAUCAGCGUGUGGAGUUCCUUGGAGAUGCCAUCCUAGACUAUGUGAUCACCCGACAUCUCUAUGAGGACUCGCAGAAGUAUUCUCCUGGUAUACUGACAGACUUGCGCUCGGCCCUGGUCAACAACAAUAUCUUUGCUGCCCUGGCGGUCAAGUGGGGCUUCCACAAAUACUUCAAGGCCAUCUCGCCCUCUCUGUUCUCUGUCAUUGACAAGUUUGUGAAAAGGCAAAAAGAGAAGAAUGAGGAUGACAUUGACAUUGAUGAAGAGUUCCGCCAGCUGGAGGAUGGAGAGGUUGAGGAAGGAGCAGAAGAGGAGGAGGAUGAAGAGGAAGUAGAGAUGGAGAUUCCCAAAGCCUUGGGGGAUAUUUUUGAGUCUGUGGCUGGAGCGAUCUACCUGGACAGUGGCAUGUCUCUGGAUGCUGUGUGGCGAGUCUACUACAGGAUGAUGAAACCUCAUAUAGACAAGUAUUUGAAGAGUAUCCCCAAAUCACCAGUGAGAGAGUUGUUGGAGACUGAGCCUGAGACAGCCAAAUUUGAGCGGCCUGAGAGGACGUUGAAUGGAAGAGUGCGUGUCACUGUUAAUGUGGUCGGUAAAGGAGUGUUUAGCGGUGUUGGCAGGAACUACCGCAUCGCAAAGAGUGCAGCAGCAAAGAAAGCUUUACGCUCCAUCCGCACCAUGACUCAGAACUUAAUUGGAUAGGGCAACCACUGCAAAUUGUGAUAGAUCAUCAAGACAAAGAUUUAAUAUAAUCCAUAUUUCAUUGACAGAUGAUUUGAGACUGUGAUGGAAGGGAACAUAUGCUUUGCAAGCUUUGUGAUGAAUGAAAUGUUUCCUUUUGUGGAUUCAGGAUAUAUGACGGUGUGUUUGUUUGUGUUUAUAUUUGUCAGACCUUAUGCUGGUCGUGGCUUUGACACUGUUUGACUGACUUAAACAUUAGCUUUUGUAUUAUCUUCAUCUUUCUACAUUUUCUAAAAGGCAAAACUUUUUUUCUCUCUCUCUAAUCCUUCCCCAUUUCUUAUUUCCUUUCUUUAUUUCCUUCCUAGUUUAACUCUGUCAUGACCUUCCAUUUAAGACAUGCGUUACACACCUCUCUUCCAUCAUUGUCGUCAGCAUUUUUGAAAAAAUCAAUCAUACUUCAUAACAAAGUACCAAGCAUCAAAAUGUACCAUAGCACAGCUCUGGUUGAAUUUUAUAAUGCAAAAAAAUGUUUUUAACCCACUGGGUAUUACUGACUCCACAGUGAAAACCUGCUUCAGGACUUCACAUGGGAAAUAACACUUUGUUUUUUCACACUUAGUGUGCUGCUGUAAAAAAAUCUGAAAACUGCUCAGAGCAUGUAUACCAUUUUGUACAGAAAUAAGUUUAACAUCAAAUAGCUACAUUUGUUAUCAUGAAUAAUUACAAAGUACACUUUGUUUUAACUUAACGGUAAGUCCUCUUUUCUCAUCAACUAGGUAUGACUGGAAUGACAGUGUUCAUUAUUGUUAUCUCAUUCAUCUAUAACAGCUGAGGGAGCAGUUUACUGGUCUAAAAAAAAAUUUUGAUAAAGAGAUAUGGGCAGUCAGGGGAAGCCAUGUUUGAGUUCACUUUCAACUGUCACUUUGAAACUUCCUGUCAGUAGUUGACUACUGUUCAAGUGGAGGUCACUCCAGUAAAUAGAUUCUACAACAAAAGGAUUGUACAAAGGCUACUUUACUUUCGUGUAAAAUAUCAAAGCAGAUAUAAAGCAUAAGUUCAGCUUGGAAUUAAACAGUAAAGUCAAAACCGACACAAGUGUAGCCUCAGUUACAGCAGGUGACUUCUUUUCCCAGACAGACCCUUGUGUGGCUUUAGUACUUUAGUAGUGAGUGAGUUACCGUCCUCUACUUCACUAAGUUUUUUGUCUUUCUUGCUUUUGACUACUUGCCUCUCUUUUUUUUUUUUUUUCUUUCAUGAAGUCCUUGUAUUAUCAAAUUGUGAAUGAAGCACAAAUGUAAACAGGGUAUGAACUGUUUCUGAUCUUUGGAGGGCUGUGCUCAAGAGUCGUUUAUCUGCAUUAAUGGCUCAUCCUAGUCAUGAGUCUUUGUUGCUUGUUUUGUUCUGCUUUUUUUUAUAUUUUUUUUUUUAUUGAUUAAUAAAAUGCGUUUGUGCUGUUUAGUCUUUACAAGACUAACCUUGGUUUUUUCAUGGUUUUGUUUUAGAAUAAUAUGUUUGAUGAAUUUUUAACCCAUUCCUACCUAUAUGCCCUGUAAUUGCAUUCUUGCAACCAGUCAUUAUUGGAGUUGACCCUGGACUGCUUUCAAGGGAAAUGUAAUUCAACCAGCAUUGUCAACGUGACUUGAUUUGACAAGAUCUUCUGGCUUCUGCCAUUGUUUAGUUUUGUUACUGGGCUACUAGAGAGCAAAUCAGGAUUGUUUAAAUCUUGUGCUGUUAUCAGCACUUUGUGGAACUUUUUUUUCAAACAUCUUCAACUUUUUUCUCCACAUCGAGCUUGAAUCUAGAUAUUUAUUUUCUUCUGUAUGGUUGUCAUAGCAAUAAAGGAGAGGGCAAAAUGAAUGAGGAGUCAAUGCCAGGUCAGAAGCAGGAAUCGGACAUUGAUCAUGAUUCAGAUCUAGAUCUAGUUGCUAAACGGGAUAGUGAGGACGAAAAAGAAGAAAAUAUAA